UCUUUUCUUACUUGUAUUAUGCAAAUUACACUACAAACAAAUCCAGACAAUCUACCUUGGAUUGUUCAGAAAUAUGGUGGAACAAGUGUUGGAAAAUUUGUCAAUGAAAUUGCAGAUACCAUUAUACCUACUUACUUGAAGACAAACAGAGUGGUUAUUGUUUGUUCGGCCAGAAGUGGAGACACAAAAGAUAAAGGCACAACAAAUAGGUUAUUAAAAGCAGCAGAAGAAGCAUUGAUAGAAGGAUCCACUAAACAUCUAGAGAUCGUACAAGAAAUUGCACAAGAUCAUCUUAAUGCAGCAAAAGCGGUAAUUAAAAACAAAGAUAUACUUGAAACGCUCGAAGUUCAACUCAACAAAGAGUGUCUGAAAUUAAGGUCAUUUUUGGAAGCAGCACAAAUUUUGGAUGAAAUAUCUCUUAGAUCAAGAGAUAUCAUUGUUGGUAUGGGAGAGAAACUGUCAUGUACCAUUGUUGCAGCCGUUUUAAAAGAUAGAGGAAUCGAUAGUCAACUGGUUGUUUUAAACAACAUUAUCAAUCAAGAAUUUGUAAACCUGGACCAAGAUUUUUAUACUUAUGUAGCUCAACGUCUACAUCAAAUCAUUGAAGAAUGUGGAAACCGUAUACCUGUCCUUACUGGCUUUUUUGGCAAUGUACCUGGUAGUCUGCUGUCAAGCAUUGGUCGAGGCUAUACUGAUCUCUGUGCAGCACUUGCAGCUGUAGGACUCAAAUCGCAAGAACUUCAGAUCUGGAAAGAAGUCGACGGUAUUUUUACUGCUGAUCCUCGUAAAGUAUCUACUGCUCGUUUAUUGCCUAUCAUCACACCAGAAGAAGCUGCCGAAUUGACUUAUUAUGGAUCUGAAGUCAUUCAUCCUUUCACCAUGGAACAAGUUAUUGAAGCAAAUAUUCCUAUUCGUAUCAAAAAUGUCGAGAAUCCUUCUGGAUCAGGCACCAUUAUUUUCCCUGACAAAACAUCCAAAGCAUCCAACGGCUAUGCUACACCGCCUCCCACACCUGCUUUCUUAGCACAGAAUGGAUACAACCAAGACUUAUCUCGUAAACAUCCCACGGCUGUCACUGUCAAGGAUAGGAUUUGUGUCCUUAAUAUUCAUUCUAACCGUAAGAAUGUGAGCCAUGGUUUCUUGGCCAAGAUUUUCACAGCGUUGGAUGAGCAUAAUAUUGUGGUGGAUUUGAUUUCUACUUCCGAAGUGCAUGUCUCUAUGGCACUUUCGUCUGAUGUAGUAGAAGCCAAUUUAGAAAAAGCGUUGUUUGCAUUAGAAAAACUCGGUUCUGUGAAUGUCAAUCAAGAUAUGGCCAUUAUCUCUCUUGUAGGCAAACAGAUGAAAAAUCUAGUGGGUGUGGCAGGAAAAAUGUUUACUUCUUUAGCAGAAUCUGGCAUCAGUAUAGAAAUCAUUUCUCAGGGUGCUUCUGAGAUCAAUAUUUCAUGUGUGGUGGAAGAAAAAUAUGCUCUUCAUGCACUAAAAGCCAUUCAUGAAAAGCUACUAAAUAUCGACCCAAGUGUGGAUUUGCCAGACUUGAGUGCAGUUACAAUCAACGAAUAAAAAGUCUUUUUUUUUUGUGUCUGUGA